AUGCUGUCCAGCAAAAGGAGUGCUACCAGCAUCCAGGACAUAAAGGAAAUACUAGAAAAGGGGUUUCUGGCCAGGACCUCCAGCCAUUCUUCUCCUGUCAACAGCUAUUCCAUGAACAAUAGCAGUGCCUCCAAACCAGACACCUGGGAGCUUCUCAUGGACUCAGACAACAUGACAAAAGGCAAUUCUCCGUGUCUUGUCAAGCAGCCAGAGUCUCUGAGCAGCUGUGUGAAGACUGACCUUCACUGCCUGACUCAAGGUAUCUCUGACAUCAGUCUUGCCUGCUUCUGCAAGAUCCACCAUGGUCAUGCCACCCUUGACCUGUCUGGUUUGCCUUGUGAUCAUCUCAGCAGAGGUGGCUGCUUGAUGGAUAUAGCAUCACAGCACACCUCAACACCAUGCAAGGAAGAAAAGCACUCCAAACUGCUAGACAGCCUGCUCUCCAAGAGCACUGAGCUUGCUGGUGAUCUUUCAACCCUUGGGAAGUUGCCAGCAUCCAGAUGGGAGAUCUCUGCAAUAAAAAAAAACCUGGAUACCAGCUUGUCCCUUGAUGUGAGUGUGGAGGAGUUGAGGUUACUGGGAUGCUCCAAACUGGACAUGCCAUCCCUGGAGACCUCUGUAGUAAUUCCUCUGUCUUGGCCUGGAGCCUUUCAGAAGCACCCUACGCUGACUCAAGGGUCAGCUGCUCCUGAGAGCCAGCUGAGUGAUGUUGAACCCAUCCCUGUGUUUCUGCACCAGGCUCCGUGA